UUUGGUCGAGGCUUUUACUUUUUGAGUUGACAAAACUGUAGUGAAAACGAAUGUGUUGGUCAAAUAACUAAACACAUAUUUCGAGUUUGUUACACACUGUUGAUCCGGUGCGAUGCAGAACCCAGAAAAGGGACACGAACCAAAGGAUUUAGAUCUAACCUUUGCAAGUCGAGGGGUAUGGUUGGUUAAGGUCCCCAAGUAUUUAUCUGAAAGAUGGCAGAAGGCAAAAGCAAGUUCAGAUGUUGGAAAACUCAGAAUUACUCGUUCAAAGUUUCCUGGUCAAAAAACGGAAGUUGCAUUUAAUCUAAAUGAGCAGCUGGCCAGCAUAAACACGGGAACGGGCAAGGUCCCACAGGAACACAAGUUUACGAUGACGGCGCUUCGCACACAGAACCUCGUCGUCAUGUCACAGUUGGGGGUUUAUGUGAAGAAAGAAUCAGGCGGAGUGGUCACCAAGGAAGUUGUUGGAGAGAAGCUUGCAGUUGAGGGCAAAGUCAUUCAACGAGCAGAGUGCAUUCCAAUAAAUAACGACUCCUACCGCACUUUAAAGAAGAAACAGUGGAUUCUGCAAAACCAGCCAAAACGCGAAGUGAAGCAAAUCGACACAAUCGUGCAGAGCUACAAACCUGUCAGCCAUCACCCAGCACAGCUGGAAAACGAGAAGAAGAAGAAAGAGGAAGGAAAGAGAUCGCGAGCCGACAGAGAUCAAGUGUUGGAUAUGUUGUUCAGUGCAUUUGAGAAACAUCAGUACUACAACGUCAAGGACCUCGUGAAGAUCACAAAACAACCAGUACCUUAUUUAAAAGAGAUUUUGAAGGAGAUAUGCAGUUACAACAUGAAGGCGCCACACCGCAACAUGUGGGAAUUGAAACCCGAAUACCGGCAUUAUAAACAGUCGGCACCUCCCACAUAGUAGUUACCUCCCAAAUUGUUAACAACUACGAUAAAUUACUCUUCUUACCUUUAAUUACUGUCACAUUUUCUCCACUUUUUGUCCAAACCCAAGUGGAACUAUCACUUCAACAUCACAUGAUGACAUCAUCGAUUGGCACGCAGAACAUCGACCAAACAAGUUGAAUGAUAUGAAUUAAGAUAGAUUAUGGAUAAUAAGUAGGAUAUUAAACUCGCUACCAUUUUGUAUCAUGUCAAAAAAACACAUUACAUUGAAAUGGAUUCCACAUAUUACACUGACACCAUAUCAUCUAUAUCGACUCCGUUAAGAUCUACUUGGAAAAAACAUGCAAUUUUUCACCGUCUGCCUAUUUAAAAAUAUUUAUGGAAUACUGUAAGAGAGUUGGAAGCCUCCUAAGUAUGUGACGUAAUUAAUCUGAUGUCAUGAUCAAUGCAUUAUAGUCGUAGGAUCGAACCACCUCGGCGGAUCCGUUCAACUGAUUGGUUUUUUUCUCAUUCCAACCAGUGCACCACAACUGGUUAAUUGUGCUUUCCUGUCUGUGGGAAAGUGAAUGUAAAAAAAAACC